GUUCAAGUGACGGUGACGUUUUAUUUCUUCCGUUUAAUUACUUCCUCCAACUUUGGCUGCACUGAAUUGUCAAUAGUCUAAUUUACUGUAAUCGUGUGCAAUUGUAUAACAUUGCAAAUUUUUUUUUAUACAAUUAAUUCGCCGGAGCUGGGUUAAGCUUCGCCGUUAAACUAAGUCAUGGCGGGUUUAGCGCCAGGAGACCCUCAGCUUGUUUCAAUGAUCGUCAAUCAUUUAAAAACACAGGGUCUUUUUGACCAGUUCAGGAGGGACUGUCUUGCAGAUGUUGAUACAAAGCCAGCUUACCUGAACCUAAAACAAAGAGUAGACAACUUUGUCUCUAAUCAUCUGUCUAAUCACACAUGGAGCCCACAUUUGAACAAAAAUCAGCUGAGGAACAACAUACGGCAGCUUGUGCUCCAGUCGGGCAUGCUGGAACAGGGCGUGGACAGGAUUGUGGCGCAGGUGGUAGAUCCCAAAGUCAACCACAUCUUCAGGCCUCAGGUGGAGAGGGUUGUGCGUGAGUUUCUGUCACCUGGCAGCAGUUCUGAGGAGGUGCCGGCCCCGCUCCCUCCAGCAGAGACUAAGCCAGACAGCAACAUUCCUGAGCAGGCUCCUGCUCCAACCACCACUGGAUCCAAUGACGCAAUGUCAAUUCUAGAUACAAUAACCUCUCUCAACCAGGAGGCAAUCGUCAGGGCCAGCUCAAGCACAGAUAAAGGCCGUAAAACUCCAGCUGCAGAUGAGGCCAUGCAUCUGGGGGAGGAGAAGGAUGAGGAUAUGAGUGUUGAAGAGGAAGGAGAAAAUCAACUGGAAGGAAAGGUCCUGGAGGAGAUAGUAAAGGGAAAAGAAACAUCAGACGUUCAAAUGGUGGAAGUUAAGAAAGAGGACACUCAAGAGCAGCCGGAUGUGGGAAGAAGGGUGUUAACAGAUGAUGUGAAGGUAGAGGACGAGGAGUCAGAAUGUCAUGAUCCAACAAAGGAGGAGAAAGACAACACAACCAGUGAUGUAGUACCUGAGAAACCCCUGGAGGAGAACUGUGAUGAAGAACAUCUCAAAUCUACAAGUCAGGCCAGACUGAAGGCCAGAGAGAGGAUAAAGGAAGAAUACUCUCUAGAGGACUCUGAUUUGGACGGCCUGAGUGACAUCACUGUGAGCUCCGUCCACACCAGUGACCUGUCCUCGUUUGACGGGGAAAGUGAAGACAAUGCACAGAUGUCUGAGUCAUCUGAGGAAGGAGAGCUUCUGUCUGACGAUCAAGAUGAAGAAGCAGAAAAGAAAAAUGCCAGUGAGGAACCAGGAGCAGGCGGGAAACACAAGGCACGCCGCAAGGCCUACGUUCACAAGCCUUUUCUCUACUCUCGGUACUACAGCGACUCUGACGAUGAGGUCACUGUGGAGGAACGACGGAGGAACGCUGCAAAGGAUAAAGAGGAAAGGCUCCUGAAAAGACAACAAAACAGAGAAAGAAUGGAGGAGAGACGUAAACAGAAAGCAGUGCAGGCCGAGGAACAAGUUUUUAAAAGGUCCAAAAGGAGAGACUCUGCUGGGUUCGAUCAUCCCAGGGCUAAAGAGGCUCGCAAAGAAAGG